AUGAAUAUACCACCAUCACAAGAGUUUCAAAGAUUAAACAAUCUUUUAGUCAGCUCAUAUAUCGAACACCAAGAUGAAAUAAAGAAGCUGCAGUCGAGCAUUGACAACAUCGCCAAGGAAAAGAGCGACCUCGAUAAAAAGUACAAGACUCUGUUGACGUCGUCGCGCGAUGGCGGCAUUGUCGUCGACGAAGAGGAGCUCAACAAACAGGCCCAAGAAGAGGAGCGUGUCGCCAAGGAACUCGAGACCAAGGAGCAGCAGAUCAAAGACUACCAAAAGCAGCUGGAGAAUGUGGCCUUGGAGAAUGAAGACCUCAAGAACCGUAUUGUUCAGGGCAGCGCAGUACACCAACACGAAGAGCAGGCCGCUGCCCCCAACGGUGUCGUUGGCGGUGACGACGCUGCCAAGAAGGAGAACGAGCAGCUGCGUGUGGACAUUGAGCAGCUCAAGAUCACCAUUGACUCGCAGCAAAAGCAGGUCGAGGCACUCAGAGAAAUCCAGGGCAAAGAGGAACACUUGCGUCAGCAAAACGAGGCACUCCGCGUAUCGGUCGAGGAGAAGGAGUCGGCCAACGGCCAUCUCCAACAACAACUCUUGCACGAAAAGGAGCAGUUCAACCGUCGCCUUGAACAGCUCGAGUCGUCGAUCGGACACAACGAAGAGGCCCAACGUCUCCAACAACAGAUCGACUCGCUCGACCAAGAGAUCAGAGGUCUCCAAGAAGCCAAGACCCAACUCGAACAAAACAAAAAGGAGUUGGAACAAAACAAGCAAGAGUUGGAGGAGGGGAAGGCCGCCAUCGAGCAGUCGUUUGCUCAAGAGCGCGAGCAGCUGACCGCACAAAUCGAUCAACUCCAACAAACCAUCCAACAACUCGAGGAAAAGGUCGGCGAAAAGGAGAAAGCCAACCUCUUGCUACUCGAACAAAUCAACAACUUGGACAGCGAAAAGAAGCAACUACAAGAACAACAACAAGACGCACCACAACAACCCAAUGGCAAAGAUGCAGACGACAAGGACGACAAGCUAAAGGAAAUUCAAUCUCUACUCCAAGAAAAGGAUCAACAAGUCGAAGGGUUGAAUGGAGAAAUCCAGACACUCAAAGAAUCGUUGGAUAAACGUGAAAAGGAAGUAGAAGAGAAAAAAAAAGAGUUGGAGUCGAUCAAAGGUAGCAGUGAGUCGCAAGGAAGUGAAAAGGAUUCAUUGAUUCAACAAUUGGAAAAGGAUCUUGUUGACAAACAAGCAUUGCUCGAGAAAAAGGAGGAACAGUUAAAGUUGACGGUUCAAGACAAGAAUGAAGAGAUUGAAAGAUUAAAACUUGAAACCCAACAGCUUGAAUCGAAUCAUCAACAAACUCAACAACUUGAACAAGCACUCGAAGAAAAGAACAAAGAAAUCGAACAACUUCGUCAAGAACAAGAAUCUCAACAAGCCAAGGACGAUCAAGAGACUGCUAGUGCAUUGGCAAAGCAAAUCGAGUUGGACGAAAAGAACAAUGAAAUCGAGAAGUUGCGUGUUGAGAACGCUCAACUCGAGGAAAAGAACAACGAGAUUGACAAGCUCCGUCAAGAAAAGGUGGCCUCUGAGGAAAAGAGCAACGAGAUUGAAAAGCUCCGUCAGGAAAAGGCAGACCUUGAAAACAAGCUUGGCGAAGUCGGUGAGAUCGUCAAAGAGAUGGACCAGCUCGAAGAAAAGACACGUCUUGUCCAUCAACAAAAGGAGGAACUCGAUAUUUUGCAACAGGAAAAGGCCGACCUUGAAGCCAAGCUCGUAGAGACCAACGAGCUCCGUCACCAAGUCGUCGAGUUGGAAGGUAAACUUGUCCAAAUCGGUCAAGAAAAGGAACAACACGCACAAGAACACCAAGUCAUCCUCCAACAACACACUGCAGCGGUCGACGAAAAGAACGCCGAGAUUGCCCGUCUCCAACAAGAACUCGAGUCCAAGGAGCAAACCAUCUCCAAACUCGUUGAAAAGGAUGCCCAUCCCGAUGAAGACGUUCAAAAGGUACAAGAAGUAAUUGACAAGAUGACAGACCUCAACACUGCAUUGGAAGCUGAAAAGACAAAGGUCGAUGAAAUCAAGGCCGUUCACAAACAAGAAAUGGAUAAUCUCAUGACUUCACUCGCUGAAGAAAAGAAAUUGGCCAAUGACAAGGAAAGUGACGCACUCCAACAAGAAAACAUUCAACUUCAACAACGUGUUCAACAACUUUUAGAUACUAUUUCUAAAUUACAACAAAAUAACAACAAUAAUAAUAAUGAUAAUAAUAAUGAUACAAAACAACCAACUCUUGAUGAAUUAUUAGAUGAUACAACUACCAAUACAAAUAAUACUACAAAUAAUAAUAAUAAUAAUAAUAAUAAUAAUUCACUUGAUUUUGAUUUUUCAUUCUCUGAUGCAAAUAAUGACAAUGUCAUCAACGGAACCAACAACGAUAAUAAUAAUAACAGCACAACAGAAGAAGAAGAAGAAGAUAAAUCCAAUCAAGAUCAAGAUCUUUUAAUCGACAACGCUUCACCAAUUUUACCAACAACUGACAACGCCAAGGAAAAUGAUAAUUCAGUUGAUGAACAAGAACAAGAUGAACAAUUGGAAGAAAUUUAUUAA